CUAGCAUACAAGCAUUCACCAACACGCCGCCGCAGCUGCCUGCUGCCUUUCUCUCUCACCUGCCAACGCGUCGCUGCGUCUGUUCUAUGCACCGCCGCUUAUCUGCACGUACAACUACACUGUCUCAGCGCUCAACGCAGUAGAUGCACCAUGAUUCUCCGGUUCGUCAGUAAAGAGGGCCAGUUCCGGCUCACGGUCGAUGCCGCGACCGCGUUUCCCGACAUCCUCCCCCAGAUCGCGGAGAAGCUACCUUCUAAUGUCGACCUCUCGAGCAUCACCGUCAGCAACAAACCGCACGGUGGCGAUGCCCGCAAGCUAAGCACGCUGAGGGGCAUUACCUUCAACCAAGUCGGUCUCAAACAUGGCGACCAGCUCUUCCUCAACUUUGACGAGCAGACGACCGUCUCGAAUGGCCACUCCGACGCGCCCACCGGCGUCGCCCGCCUCAACGGCAAGCCCGUCGAUUCCUCAGAAGUGCCCUCCGUGCCUCUCGGCUCGCCUACACAGCUGAUCAAGAAUCCGUGGGAGGUGGUCAAACAGUCGCCGCUCGAUGACAGGUUAGACAAGCUCGACGGCAAGAUAGCGCGGAAACUGGACCACAAGAUGUGUCGGCAUGGACCCAAGGGCAUGUGCGACUAUUGCAUGCCGCUGGAGCCGUAUGCGCUGGAGUAUCUAGCGGAUAAGAAGAUCAAGCAUCUCUCGUUCCAUUCGUACCUCCGGAAGAUCAACGCGGGAAAGAACAAGCCAGAGAGUGGGACAUCGUAUAUGCCUCCGCUGACCGAGCCGUAUUACCGCGUUCGACCAGACUGUCCGUCGGGCCAUAAGCCGUUUCCCGAGGGUAUUUGCACAAAGUGUCAGCCCAGUGCUAUCUCGCUCCAGCCGCAGGAAUUUCGCAUGGUGGAUCACGUCGAGUUCGCAUCCUUUGAUCUUGUGAACGAUCUGCUCAAUUUCUGGAGGACGACUGGUUGCCAGCGGUUAGGUUUUCUGUACGGCCGGUACGAGGAGUACCCGGAGGUACCGCUGGGAACGAAGGCUGUUGUCGAGGCCAUCUACGAACCACCACAAGUCAACGAAGCCGAUGGAAUCUCAUUGGGCGAGUGGGACAACGAGAAAGAUGUUGACGAGCUGGCACAUCAAUGCGGGCUGCAGAGAGUGGGCGUCAUAUUCACUGAUCUGAUUGACGCCGGGGAAGGCGACGGUACUGUGAUAUGCAAGCGACAUAUUGACUCCUACUUCCUAUCGUCACUUGAAAUCGUCUUCUCGGCACGUUACCAGGCGAAAUAUCCGCGACCUACCAAAUGGAGCGAGACGGGCAAGUUCGGCUCGAACUUCGUAACUUGCGUGGUGAGCGGCGAUGCGGAAGGUCAGAUUGGUAUCGCAGCAUACCAAGCAUCAAACUCAGCAGUCGAGAUGGUCAGAGCGGACAUCAUUGAGCCAUCUGCAGAGCCAUCAGUCAUGCUUGUUCAGUCGGAAGACGACAACGAUGCGCUCAAUCGUGCAAGAUACAUCCCGGAGGUAUUCUACCGAAAGAAGAACGAAUAUGGAGCAAACGUGCAGGAAAACGCGAAACCUGCUUUCCCUGUCGACUACCUGCUCGUCACUCUAACACACGGUUUCCCUAACCAACCCAAUCCUCUCUUCACAGGCCCCAAGUUCCCUAUUGAGAACCGGGAAGCUAUGGGCGAGGCUCAAGAGUUUGGAUCCUUAUCAAAGGCCCUCAACGCGAAAGCAAACGGGGUGGCCCUCAACACCACCAGUGGACUUAAGGCCGUUUCAAAUUUCCACCUUCUCACCUUCCUCCAUGGCAUAGGCAUCCUCGCAAAAGACGAAGAAGCGCUUUUGGCCAAAGUAGCCUCAGGGCACGAUCUGUCGGAUGGGCUACAGCUGCAGCACUCUGGCGGCUGGGCAACGCUAUUGACAAUCCUUAAGGAAGCUGGGGGUUAGCUUGAAGGGAGGAUAGUAUCUUCCUGCAGCUGCUUCUUAGGUUCGCCGUCCUCGCUUGCGUUCGAUCGAUGCUGUUCUUGUCCUGCUCUGUGAGAGAUUGGAAAAGGUGGUUGGUGGGGGGUGAGGUUUGUCUGUGGGUGCGUGUAUAACGCUAGGAUGUGUGGGAUAGCAUUACUAAAGGGUAAGGGUAUGCAGCAU